CUUCUCGCUGCAGGAGGAGGAGGAGGUGGAAAGCUCUGGCUGUGAUGCCGCUGGAUGAUGGCUGCUUUCGGGAUCCUAAGUUACGAACACCGGCCAUUAAAGCGGCCCAGACUCGGCCCUCCGGACGUUUAUCCUCAAGACCCAAAGCAAAAAGAGGUCAGAUAUGAAUUUGUUUAAUCAUAGAGCCCAGAAAUGUUGUUUUGCGAAGGUUUCUUUAAGCCGAGAAGCUGUGCAAAGCUAUGAGCAGCGAGCCUGUGUAGCUAACCCUGUAGACGUUUGGGGCCUAGCAAUAACAAUGAACUGCACCUAGUUGUCAGUCUGUUAGCUAGCUCUCCAGCUUACUUGGAAAACAACCAGUUCAGAGAUACCAGAGUUUGUCUAAAUAAACUCGCUAAUCGCUUAAUGGAAGCGAGCUACAUUGGUUUUAUUAAUAAGGAGUGUUUUUAUUCGAGGUUGGGAAACUAAUGCGAUGGUUUAUUGAAUUGUGCGUGAUGUUUUGGUUCAACGAGUUAACGGUGGCUAAACCUGCAGGGCUAACCUUCAUGCCAUGAAUGCUAAAACUAAAGGUAAAUUGUCUAUUUUAGGAAGAAUAAAAGACUGUCCCAGCUUGAUAAUGCUGUUAGCUUCUAAGAUAAUCUGUUGGUGAUUGAAAAACUGGCUGCUGUACCUGUAGGGUAUUGUGUUGUUGGUUUAGGAAUCAGACCCAGGUUUGUGCGAAGUAGUUAAAAGCGUUUAUCUCGGUGGUUUUGAUGCCAAAAUAAUCAUUUAGUUAAGCUUUACAUAUGUAGCACCCUUCGUGCAAAUCAUAUGAAACACAUGGUGCUUUAAAGAAAACAAGAAAUAGCAAAACUUAAGACCAAAUGUUGGCAAAACAUGGGUCAAAAAUCAGGAAAGGGUUAAGUAGUACACACCAAAGUGGACUAAUGGUAAUCAAGUACAAUAUCAACUUUGAUGAAGCUGGACAUUUUCAGGUUUGUUGUUAGGAUCAGACAGGUGGUAAUUGUCCUUAAGGUUAACAGUUAAAGUAGUAAGAGGUGGUGUUUGCUGUGUACUAUUUAAAAGGUGCUCCUUAUAUUUUGUACCUCUCCAUUGGUUAUUAUUGGGGUCAAAGUACAAGAAACAUCCUCAAGUAUUAUAAACUCCUAUAAACCACCAACAAAAACUGCUCCACUCUGUCUAGAGAAAUAAAUAUAAAAGUGAAAUAAUCACCUAUUUAAUAAAAUCUACAAAAAAAGAAAAUUAGAAGUGUACCAAUAAAAGAACCCCUAGAUGAAGCUUGAUCGAUAGUAGUAAUAAUAAUAAUAAUAGUAAUAUCCACCAUCUAAUAUCAGAAGCAGUUAUCUCUUCCUGCAGAAAUCAUUCAGGACUCUGAUAGUGCCUGAGUUGAAGGAAUUUUUUUUUUUACCUGUUUUUUUGUGGCUGUAGGAACUCACAGCCGAUGGCCAGCAGGUAACAGAUUGUAUUCUGAGCAGAGAGGAUGGUCACUAUGAGACCGAAUGGACACAACUUCCCGAAACAAGGAGUUGUUGUAUAGCUGUUGUUAGAUUGCAGGAGAUUACCUACAGUACCUCGAAAAAGUAUUCAUACCCCUUGAACUUUUUUACAUUUUGUCACUCUACAACCACAAACUUUAAAGUAUUUUAUUGAGAUUUUUUGUCAUAGACCAACACAAAGUAGCACACAAUUGUGAAGUGGAAUGAAAAUGAAACGUGGUUUUCAGAAGUUUGAACAAAUAAAAAUCAGAAAAGUGUGGUAUGCGUUUGUAUUCAGCCCCCCUGUACUCUGAUGCUCCUAAAAAAAAUGCAGUGCAAUCAGAAGUCACCUAAUUACUUAAUAGAGUCCACCUGUGUGUAAUUUAGUAUUAGCAUAAAUAUAACUGUUCUCUGAAGGCCUCACAGUGCUUUGUUAGAGAACACUAGUCAGCAAAGAGCAUCAUGAAGACCAAGGAACUCACCAGACAGGUCAGGGAAAAAGUUGUGGAGAAGUUUAAAGUAGGGUUAGGUUAUAAAAAAUAACCAAAAGCUUUGAAAAUCUCAAGGAGCACUGUUCAAUCCAUCAUUCAAAAAUGGAAGAAGUAUGCCACAGCUGGUAACCUACCAAGACAUGGCCGUCCACCUAAACUGGCAGAUCGAGCAAGGAGAGCACUGGUGAGAGAAGCAGCCAAGAGGCCCAUGGUCACUCUGGAGGAGAAUCUGAAAGACAUAAAAAGUCCCGUUUGCAGUUUGCCGCAAGCCAUGUAGGGGACACAGCAAACAUGUGGAAGAAGGUGCUCUGGUCAGAUGAGACCAAAGUUGAACUUUUCAUCAUCCCCACUGUGAAACAUGGGGGUGGCAGCCUCAUACUGUGGGGAUGCUUUUCUUCAGCAGGGACAGGGAAGCUGGUCAGAGUUGAUGGGGGGAUGGAUGGAGCCAAAUACAGGGCAAUCCUGGAAGAAAACCUGAUGAAGGCUGCAAAAGACUUGAGACUGGGAAAGAGAUUCACCUUCCAGCAAGACAAUGACCCUAAACUACAGCCAGAGCUACAAUGGAAAGGUUUAGAUCAAAGAAUAUUCAUGUGUUAGAAAGGCCAAGUCAAAGUCCAGACCUAAAUCCCAUUGAGCAUCUGUGUCAAGACUUGAAAAUUGCUGUUCACAGAUGCUCUCCAUCCAAUCUGGCUGAGUUUGAGCUAUUUUGCGAAGAAGAAUGGGCAAAAAUUUCAGUCUCUAGAUGUGCAAAGCUUGUAGAGACAUACCCCCAAAAGACUUGCAGCUGUAAUUGCAGCGAAAGGUGGCUCUACAAAGUAUCGACACAGGGGGCUGAAUACAAAUGCACACCUCACUUUUCAGAUUUUUGAAAACCGUGUUUCGUUUUUGUUCCACUUCACAAUUAUGUGCUACUUUGUGUUGGUCUAUGACAAAAAAUCUCAAUAAAAUACUUUUAAGUUUGUGGUUGUAAAGUGACAAAAUGUGAAAAAGUUCAAGGGGUAUGAAGACUUUUUCAAGGCACUGUAGGUGGUCAAAGUCAUGUCUCAUUGGUGUAUGAAACGCAAAAAUCCAUGCAGAAAUAAUGAAAUAGAAAGCUUCACAUUUAUGCAGGGAUGGGAACAGUUGGUUCUGAUUUUUAAGUUGAUGAAAUUUCUCAUUUUUGUUGAUUUGAGAUUAUUCCUCAUGGGUCGACAGUUUCUCCAGUAUCAAUAGUCCCAAAUAAUCAUAGUCUGCACGACUGAUAGCCAGCCUUUGAUCGGUUAUUUUUAAACAGUGUUGAUCACAAGUUAUUUUGCAUGAAUGCCGUAAACUCACACACAGAAAUGUGUUUGUUUUUUCAGGAUGAGUUGACUGCCCUGAAUGUGAAGCAAGGAUUCAACAACCAGCCAGCUGUAUCUGGUGAUGAACAUGGCAGUGCAAAAAAUGUCAAUUUUAACCCUUCAAAGGUAACUCCUUCAGCUUCUACCCUGCAUGCUGGCUUUAUUGCAUUUUUGCCUCAGUGUUAUCAAAGAAUAGCAGCCAUCAAACACGCUUUCUGUAUUUCUCUCCAGAUUAGCUCAAACUUCAGCAGCAUCAUUGCAGAGAAGCUGCGAUACAACACGUUCCAGGACACAGGGAAACGUAAGCCACAGGUCAACCAGAAGGAUAAUUUCUGGCUCGUCACAGCGAGGUCACAGAGCUCCAUCAAUAAUUGGUUCACGGAUUUAGCCGGGACUAAACCCCUAACACAACUGGCUAAAAAGGUAAGACCCUGGUGUGAGACUCUGUAAGCCUGCUCGACUGAAUGCUCCUUCGUCGUGGUGUUUUUAGUUGUAUUUGUGUCACUGGAGGAACUUUGUAUGCAUGAAAAGACAGAAAAGAAAUGACUGAUUGCUCUUGUAUUAUGCUCAGCUGUUUUCUGUUAUUUUUUACAUUUUUGGAAGACCAGUAUAAAGAUAUUCAUCUGUUAUCAAUCCAGUAUUUAUCACCAGUUUCCUUUAAAAAGAUAAUGAUUCUCAAGAUGGAGUUAAAGCAGUCACUUUGUAAAAAUGCAAAGGCUGUUAAAAACUCCUUCCACCAGGCUUAACCAUUUAUCCACCAAGAUUAACCAACACUGAUAACAUGCACCCCUGUGUAUUUCUAUCAUCUUAACUUAGAAAGGAUUUUCACUUUCAUCAGUUGUCAUGUAUUUAAUUGUAAUCUGAAUAGAAAUUUUCUUGAAAGCUUUUUAAUUUUGAAGAUUUUGAAAUCAUCGCUGAAAUCUAGUUAGACUGAAGACAGUUUAUCAAGUGUUAAAAUGUUGCCCUGAGUUUGCUGCUGGUCUGAGGAUUCCUAUCUUGGUCUUGGUUAUUGCUUCACAGUCUGCCUGGCAGGGCAUAAACUGUAUGUAAGUGGAUUUAGCCAUGUGAUAUUAUUAGGGAUUUGUGGACCACCAUUUUGAACCAGAGUUAUUAAAAUUGUGGUUAUUAGACUUUAUAGGAAGUUUGAUAAGAUUACAUUUGUAGAGUUAAAUUUUGCGGGUCCUCCUGUGUUAAUUUUUGAAUAUAUUCAUGUCGCUGUAGCAGAAAAGGAUUUAUGAAGCUUGUAUUUAAGUACCAUGCUGUGGUUUUGUAAAGCACGUUGGUCAAUUGCAGUUUCAUCCUUGAGUUUGUGUAACUGUCAAAACUUAUAGGCACAAAAUUAUGAAUAGAAAUGUACUUGAUAACUUUGGUAAGUUGUGAAGUUGAAGGGUUUUUUUGUAUUGUGUUGUUACAGGUUCCCAUCUUUAGCAAAAAGGAGGAGGUUUUUGGAUACUUGGCCAAAUACUCUGUCCCUGUCAUGCGUUCAGCGUGGAUGAUCAAGAUGACCUGUGCAUAUCACGCAGCCAUCACAGAAACUAAAGUCAAGAAGAGGCAUGUGAUUGACCCCUGUAUAGGUAAGAAAGUAACAUUUUCAACUCAAAUGCAGCAGAGUGUUGAUAUUUUUGCCCAUUGUUUGUGAUCUGAUGUUAAGAGUCACAUUUAUAGACCCCUUUCUCUUGAAUUUCUUAUACAAGAUACACACUUUACUUCAUGGAUAAUAUCUUUCACUAGAAUACAAUCUGUCAUAUAUUACAUUUGUGUUGCUUUGGGGUUAAUUUUUGUGUGUUUCUGUGUAGAAUGGACUCAGAUAAUCACUAAGUACCUGUGGGAGCAGCUUCAGAAGGUGGCCGAGUUUUACAGACAGUGUCCCAGUCAAGGCUGCAGCUCUCCGCUACCAGCCACGCCAGCUGAUGUUGAGACGGCCAUGAAGCAGUGGGAGUACAACGAGAAGCUCGCCAUGUUCAUGUUUCAGGUCAGUCAUUUCAGUUGUCUGUAUUGACUGCUGCUUAACGGUAGUAAGAUUUACAUAUUGACAGUAACCAUACACCUUUUCAGAUCUGAUAAAGCCUGUGAUGCGUGUGUGUUUGUUUUCUCAUAUUCAGGACGGCAUGUUGGACAGACACGAGUUCCUGACGUGGGUGCUUGAGUGUUUUGAGAAGGUCCGACCAGGUGAAGAUGAGCUUCUCAGACUCCUGCUGCCCCUUUUACUACAAGUGAGUCCAUCUAUCUAUUUACCAUCAUCAUAUCAUUACUGAGACGUUUCUUUAAGAUGAAAGCAUUCAUUUAUAACAUUCAUACAUCACCAUACACAGACACACUAGCUGUCUGGCUUUUGCAUCUCUUCAGUUUUCAUGUGCGUCUCCAUCCAAAGCGCUGACUUCGUGUUGACCUUUACUGGCAGAUGUUCACUGGGGGGCACAGUCUUCCAUUUUGUUUCUGUCUCCAAAGCAGACUGAUGGUAAUGGUCGCUGAAUGCCGUGGCUAACGCUGUGUGUCUCUCCUUCGUCCUGCAGUACUCAGGGGAAUUUGUACAGUCGGCUUACUUGUCACGGAGACUGGCUUACUUCUGCACACGGCGCCUCAACUUGUUGCUUAGCGACGGGAGCCUGGGCCCCAGCUCAGGAGGGCAUCCGCCUCAUGGCAUGUUGGCGCAGCAAGGAAACGCCCUGCCCCCCACCCCGACCUCACAGCCAGCAGGCGGGAACCAGCCGCAGACUCCUUUCACAGACUUUUACAUCUGCCCUCAGCACAGGCCUCUGGUGUUCGGCCUCAGUUGCAUGUUACAGGUGGCCUGUCUAUUUUGACAUACAGUGUAAUUGUUUCUCCUCUACAAUAAGACUCGAAAUUCACUGACAGACUUUUUCUCGUGUUUUCUCUCUUUGAUAUCGUCACACUAGAGCAUAGUGUUGUGUUGUCCCAGUGCUCUGGUGUGGCAUUACUCUCUCACAGACAGUAGAAACAAAACUGGUUCACCUUUGGACCUCCUGCCAAUCGCCCCGUCCAGCCUACCAAUGCCUGGGAGAAACACUGCCUUUACACAACAGGUACUUCUGACUGCGUCCACUUUCACUAUGAAAAAAGUCAAAGAGAAAAUACGCACAUAUAAUCUACUCCUACACUUAAAAAAAACCCUUAUAUGUAUAUGUGAGCUGGCAGAAACACUACUUCCAAAUUGCAUAUCUGCUCACAAAAUUAGAUUUGAAACUAGUUACUUAAAUCACCAAUAUCCACACAAGCCUUUUGCACAAAUACCUUCUAGUGUUUUAUCUGUUGAAGGUGAUGUACUCCCUCAUUUGCUCUCUUUGCAGGUCCGCACAAAGUUGAGGGAAAUCGAGGAGCAGAUUAAGGAGCGCGGCCAGGCGGUUGAGUUCAGGUGGUCAUUUGACAAGUGUCAGGAGACCACAGCAGGUCAGAAGGCUCUUCCUUUUUCCACCCAGCGUACAUUUGUCAACAUGUCAGGGGUGCAGUUUUGUGAUUGAGAUUAAUUCUGGGACUUGUUUUUUUAGGUUUCACCAUCGGUAGGGUUCUGCACACGCUGGAGGUGUUGGACAACCACAGCUUUGAGAAGUCUGACUUUAACAACUCACUGGAUUUUCUUUACAACCGAAUAUUUGGGUCGGGACAAAGUAAAGAUGGUCAUGAGGUAGGAGAAGCUUCCACUCACCUCUCUAUUUUCACCCAGCUUUAAACCUGAAACAGGAGUAGGGGCAAUAACCCAUGAAACAUCUAGCGUCUUUUCAGAUACCAUGUGAUUUCCAGAUUAUAAAAUAUGACAAGCGCUUCUAUUUUUAGCCGUAUUGUCUCAUCAGAAGGCAUGUUUUGUGUGCAGAUGUCACCAGACGAUGACGCGGUGGUGACCUUGCUUUGUGAAUGGGCAGUGUGCUGUAAGCGCUCUGGCAGACACAGGGCCAUGGUGGUGGCCAAGCUGCUGGAGAAGAGACAAGCUGAAAUUGAAGCAGAGGUAAGAGAGAGACACAGCGCCCGCUGUCAGUGGAUACCACACAUUCCUGUCCCUGUCACAGCUGCAAAAGACUGUUUUAAUGUUACUCAAACUAAUUACACCUCCUCAGCUCUGGUGUCCAGUCGACUCAUUCGCUAACUAUGCGCUGUCAUGUUUGACAAUAUAAACUGGCGGGCCGAAUGGCUCCUUGUUAUUACUGUGUUCUUGUUUUGGCUGUCACCCUCCCUCCUCUCUUGUUCCACCCUGUAAGAAGUGUCACAACACUUUCUUUCUGUAAUCAAAAUGUGUAAUGGCAACAUAAUUCAUGCUGAGGGAACCACAAACAUCACUUUUACACAAACAAGAACACUUGAGCCUGCAAGAGCAGCUCGCUCGGAUGUUAAGUAGACAUAGUUUUCAGUAGCUGCUAAACCACAUGAAGCAAUUUACAUACAUUUUAUAAGCUGAGUGGUCGGGUAUCAUAAAAGCUGGCUGGACCAUGUACCCAUUCUGUGUUUCUAUAGGGAAUCCAUAAGAUAUUCAUAGAUGCUUAAAAUUGCUACCAAAUUUUUAUGCAUACUGAUGUUCAUAUUGGUAAAAUUUUUACUGUCAAAAAAGGCCGGCAGUAUUUACUUCAGUGGUUUCAGCAGAUUAUUUGUGCAUUUUCCUUAGAGUGUGAUGUUCGUCAUGCAGUAGUUAUUGCAAAACAUUACAUUUUAAAGCAUGCUUAUUAAAUUAAAAACUUCAUAGGAAUUGCAAAGUUACCAUAUUUUUCGCACUAUAAGGCGCACCAUAAAGGCGCACCAUAAAUUAAUGCAUCUAUUUUCAUACAUAAGGCGCACUGGAUUAUAAAGCGCAUUAAGACAAACAAAACAGUUAGAUAAGUCAAACUUUAUUUAACUCAUUCAAUAACUCUGCGAGGCUACGGUAGCUGCAGUGCUCCGACAAGCCAUCAGGCUGUGCGGCUUUGUAGCUUACCGAAGUCAUAAUAAAACAUUUUGACAGAUUUUUGAGCGCUGUGUACCACAUAAAAUCGGUUCGAGGUCAGUAAGCAGAACCAGAACUCAUACAUAAGAUUAAAAUAUAAGUAAAAAAAACAUAAGUAAAAAAAGCAGUUUGAAAGUGCGACUUGCCUGAAGUGAUCACCUGGCUCCAGCCAUGAAUACGCAGAAGAUGAAAAAUGUUAUAGUUGAAUUUACGAGGUUAAAAAGACUUUAACUGCAGUGGUCUUGACAAUAGCGCUCAGUGUCAACUUCAUUUAGUUAGUAAUUAAAUUUGGGUGCUGCAAGCCAACAGAUAACCAAACGGCCCAUAGAAACACCUGUUAGGCGUGUUAUGAAAUAGAUUGGCGUUACUCCAAUCCAUUAUUAUUAUUUCAUAACUGUUGCUCUUUGUUCGGUGUCUAAAUGCUGGGGUGGCCCUUCUUCCAUCUUGACUCCAAAAAUAGUGAAACCUGUGAUUAUCUGACUAAUUUUUUCAAAGUCUGCGGCAUCUGUAGACACUUCGGCCAAAUAAAGAAAGCUCGUUGAUCGGUCUUCUCCACACUUAUGAAGUGUUCCUUGUGUGUUGUCUGUUUGGUGUGUGUUUGCUUGCAGAGGUGUGGUGAGUCAGAGGUGGUGGAUGAGAAGGGCUCUGUGUCAUCCGGCUCCCUCUCAGCUGCUACACUUCCAGUCUUUCAGGAUGUGCUGCUGCAGUUCCUCGACACUCAGGCCCCCACACUGAGUGAGUCUCUCGGUCCCUUGUUAUUUUUCCGUUACAUUUCCUGCAGCCAUGAUUCUUAAAGCUGUCAAUCUGUUUCAUGUUGAAGAAACUUCAUAUCCGUUUGACUUGCCUCUUAUUUCAUCACCCAGUGCGUAUUUAUUAUAAAUGAUCUGGCAACAGAAACUUGUUAUUAAAUUAUUCAAACCCUCUUUUCCCCCUUCAUAGCCGAGCCUGGAAAUGAAAGUGAACGCGUGGAGUUUUCUAACCUCGUCCUGCUCUUCUGCGAGCUCAUCCGUCACGACGUCUUUUCCCACAACAUCUACAUGUGUACUCUUAUCUCCCGUGGUGACUUGGCGUCUGACUCCCACCUGCCGCGCCCACGUUCCCCCAGCGACGAGCCCUCCGAUGAGUCAGAGCGCAAGGAGCAGGAGGCAGGCGGCGGUGGCAAGAUGGAGGCAUGUUGGGGGGGCUUCUAUUGUGGAGUAUGAUGAGUCAUUUUUGUUGCAGCGUGUUGUUGAAAGGUGACCUGAGGUUGUUUUUGUUCAACAGGAUACCGGAUUAUCAGAGUCCAUGGAAAUCGAUCACAACUCUAGCGCUAAUUUUGACGAGGUACGCACAACACUCAGCCUUUUUUAUUUACCUCCAUCACAUAAAUUUAGUGGUUUUUGAAAUAUUUUAACCUUUUAAGCCAUUUUUCAUAAUUUUAAGACAUAACUCCCCCUUUAAACUGUUUAUAUGGAAUCCCUCAUGUGUCCAUAUGGGAGUUAUUACGGUCUGUUUUCGCCCUGCAGAUGUUCUCUCCUCCGAUGCACUGCGAGUCCAAAGGGAGCCCCUCUCCUGAGAAGUCAGCUCCCGACCAGGAUAGCAAGGCCGGCUGCAAGGAUAAAGGCAUGGACCCGGCUUUCCCUCAGCUGUACGAGCAACCGCGCCAUAUUCAGUAUGCUACUCACUUCCCCAUCCCUCAGGUGAGAGACUGCACAGCCUGACAUUAAGAAGAAAUCAUAGAAAAAUACAUCACUGAGUACUUAUCUAUCUGAAGAAAUCGCUACAUGGCAUUUUGAUCUACAGCUAAGCCAAUUCAGCCAAUUCAUCAAUUCUCUAUUUCCAUGCUUCUGAACAGAUGCACUUAUUUUUGACAGAGGCCCCCAUUUAUACGUACCUGUUUAUUUAAAAAAACAGAGACAUUAACCAUCGUUUGCACCCUUCGUUUGGAUGCAAACGGAGAAUUCGCCCCUGAAAACGAUGCUUUUUAAAAACUCCGUCCAGAGUGGAGAUUUUGGAAAACUCAGAUUGCAGGUAAACGGAGAAAAAAGUAGAGAAACUGUGAUAAACAGAGAUUUGGGUAGCCAACAGCAGAUUGUGUGCCAGGAACUGCGUUGAAUGCGAUGUUGUUUACAAUCCACAGUCUGCAGUGCAUGCAGAACAGCAAUCACAUUUAUGCUGGUGCAAUCCCUUUAUAUUUGUUUGCGUUUGCAUCUUUUCCAAAAGAAGGAGGUUACAUUGUUGUUUUUGCUGCUUUGCGGGAUUCUGAUUGGCUAAUAUGGGUUUGAGCUUCUCGCUACACUUCCAAAUACAGGUUUGGCAUGCUCUUGACGGCAUAUAUACACGGGUUAGUGUAAACUAAACUUCUCUAAAAACAUAGUGGUGUGCACACAGUUGGAAUGCAUGAGCCACAUACUUACAUUUCUGUUUAACGGCUGCUAACAGUCACCCGAGUUUGUAAUGUUUCUGGACUAUUUUCCAGUCCAACAUAUGUAGCUACUAAACAUGCACAGAUAAAUCGGCCGAUCGAUUGGUGCUGAUUUCCUCAAUUUUGGGGGAUCAGUGAUCGGCUGAUCCUUAAACAUCAAACUAAUUUUAUCCACCAAUCUUAUCUACCUCAGCAAAGGUCUGAAAGUCAGCUGUUAUAGCUUUUUGCUUUCGCCAGAAUGAUAGACCCACCCAUCAGUUUAGUUUGUUCCUCAAACCUUGUGAUUUCCUUUAUUUGUAAAAGCAAAAUACUGCUGGGCACUUAAUUUUGGUAAGAGGCUCAAAACAGGCCUGCAGUCUGACCUGUUGCGCAAGUAUUGUUCAUUUUAUAAAUGUGGAAAUAAAAGACUAAAAGAACUGAUAAUUUAGUAGUUUGGACAGUAAUAUUCUGAACUUUUGAUUUCUGUUUGAGAAAACUUCAUCAUGUGCAGUUAAAACAAACACAAAAAGGUUUGUAUUGUUUUGUUCAAUAUUUUUUUAGUUUGUAAGAUUGGGGCAUCAAAGGUGUACGUUGUCAGUUAUUUGAAGGAAAAAUGUAUCGGCCAAAAUCUGUAGGUCAAGCUUUGUAAAGAUUGGUGAUCGGUGAUUGGCCAGAAAAUUGUGAUUGGUGCAACCCUGGUAGCUACAGUGAUAAAGAUCUCGGCUCGGUGUAAUGCCAGGCCAAGGUAAACUAUACAUAAACCUGUACCUGAAUGCAUCAUGACCCCAACAAACUUAAGGCUGGUAUUUAAAAACUGGUCUCUGUUUCAUUUCAACUGUUGCGUCUUCAUGUUAGAUUCAGCUCAUUAGAUUAAGAAUAAAGAUUCCUGAAUGGUAUUUAGGAAGGUGUUUUUCUCAUGUUGGACAAGUUUGUUCUAUUUCUUCACCGAACAUUGUCCUCUCUAAAGUUUCUGAGGAUGUUCUUUUGUGUUUUUUUUUUCAUCACUUACAGGAGGAGAGUGCCAGCCAUGAGUGCAACCAGCGAUUAGUGGUCUUGUAUGGAGUGGGCAAACUGAGAGAUGAGGCGCGACACACCAUCAAGAAAAUCACCAAAGACAUCUUGAAGGUGCUCAACCGCAAAAGCACAGCAGAAACAGGUAAAUGUGUUUUAUCGGCCUCUUGCUAAUAGCUUGCCACGCCGCGUUUCAUAUCUUAUGUGUUGCAUUACCAAAGCCGCCGGCGUUCAGUUUGUCUCAAAGAUGAAAAUGGAGCCUGUGAAAUUGCUGUGACGUUUGGAUUUGUAUUUUGUUUUUCCUCUUGGUGUAUGCUGGGGUUUUGUUAAACAGUGUUUACAUGCAGGCUGAUUUCUGCCUGUCCCCACAAUGGCCAUUACAGCUGAUAACUCUGGCUCUUUAAAUACAUUUCAUUUGUAUUCUUUCUUCUUCCCUAAAGAGGACAAGCCCUUUUCCUUUCUUUAUCGACCCUCAGGGUGUUGCAUUGCUCAAUUUUCCUUCCACCCUAUUUCUAUGCUAAUAGCUCUCAUCUGUUCGCAGCUACUUUAUCUCCGAUACAUGUGACCUUAUUAAGGUGAUUUAAGGUUUUCAAAGUUAUUACGGCAUUGAUUAGAUCUUUCUGUGUCACCUUAUCACGUUCUUUUAAGCUGACGGUGACCUUCAGCUGGAAAUUAUAUUUAUUUUACAUUAAAAGCACCGUUUUCUCUUCCUUUAGUGUUGGUGUAGCAGCGUCGCAGCACUCCACUUUUAGAUCAAAAGAGGAUAUACGAUAACAGACCAUUAGUUUCACUCAAUUUCACGGCUGGACUGUUCAGCAGACUGGGACGAACACCGCUGACCAUUUACGAGCGGCUGCUCCAUCUCUUAUUUUUUCCUCUUUCUCUCAUGAAGGAGGAGAGGAGGGACAGAAGAGGAAGAGGAGUAAGCCGGAGGCCUUCCCCACAGCCGAAGAUAUCUUCUCCAAAUUCCAGCACCUCUCCCACUUUGACCAGCACCAAGUCACCUCCCAGGUUAGACCAAAGAAACUCGGUCUUAUGUGUCCUAAAGCAAAUAAGAGGAUCCGCUUGAUUGUUUGUGGGCUAACCACAAGAUUUCUGAAUGCAAAUGACUCAGCAGCCCGAAACAGAAGACCCCCAAGGUGACUCAUUUAAAUUUAAAAUCGAAUUUGAAUUCAUUUUGAUUCCCCAUGUGGGAUGGAUGAAUAUGAUUUGAAUAGGUAAUGCAAUCAGGAAACUUAAGACUACAGCAAAACAUAAUGUACUUAGAUAUCUCUGUGGUACAGAGCGUGUGGGGAGAGAGAGCAGUCGAUUUUAAAGAGCGUGUGCUAAAUAGAUUUCAUCAGUUUUUUAUUCUGUGCAUUCUGGCUGCAGCUUCAUAUUUCACAGAUUUCCCCUGACAAAAAUGCAAGACCAUCAAACAUUCAGUAAAUAAACAUUUUGCUUAUGACCAGACCCAUGGAAGUGAAGCGAAUCUGUGAUCUUAGUUUACAGAGUAAAAGCAGACGUAUAUUUUAAAGUUGUGUCCUUGCAAAUGUGUGAUUUGCACUUAUUCUCUAAAUUUUAAUCAACUUUUGUUUGUUUUUGCAACAUCUGAGUAUUUCCUUUUGUUUCAAAUGUAAGGUCCUUAUAGACCGGGGCCGACGAAUAAAGAACGCGAAAUUACAAAAUAUUCAGAGGCGAAUUUUGACAUGCCUGUCUAUACAAAUCAAGCCCGAUGCGAUUUUGCGACUUUCCGAGGGGGAAAGACUUUUCCCGGGGAAAGUCCCGCACUCAAGCCAAACAAUCAGCACUUUUAGCCAAUCAGAGGCGAUAAGAUAAGCACAUGAAACUAUGGUAACAACCGUUAUCUUACGUUAGCACAGAUGGAAGUUUAGCAAAGGCAUUUAGCAAACUGUUAAAGCACACAAACCAUCGUCAUAUGUGAAAUCCGACGCCAUGUCUCUCCACAAGUUGUCCUUCAGGUCGUUAUCUUAGUAAUGUUUGUGUAAACGAUCAUCAACAAUCAGGCGGUCGGCCAUGUUGGAUUUACCAGUGAAUCUGACGUCGCAACAACACGAAAUCUGAUUGGUCAGAAGUGGACACACAGUAUGCGAAACUUUGGAAAAAUUGACCGUGAUACAAAAAAAUAAAUGCUGCAAUAUCGCCGGAGGGGAAAACGUCGCUGAUGUGAACGCUUGUAUUGACAGGAUACGGGUUCGAAAAAAAUAUUGACGUCCGAAAUAAUCGCACGGAAAAAAACACUCCCGGUGUGAAAAAGGACCUGUAGACUGUAAUACCUGGGGUUCUGCUGACUAGCUUCUUGUCGUGUUUCGUCUCAGUCUUGUUUCCUCAUGUUAACAGUGUGUGAUGUUUUUGUUUUGUGCACAGGUGUCUCGAAAUGUGCUGGAACAGAUCACCAGCUUUGCCUCAGGGAUGUCUUAUCACCUGCCUCUCGUCCAGCACAUUCAGUUCAUCUUUGACCUCAUGGAGUACUCCCUUAACAUUAGUGGCCUCAUAGAUUUUGCUAUUCAGGUACAGACAUCCUCUUCAUUUACACCAAACCCAGAUGAAUCCCUUUUUCUGCCGAUCAUAAUUGCUGAUUCACCUUUUUAUGUUUUGUUUCGCAGCUUCUGAAUGAGCUGAGUCUGGUGGAAGCCGAGCUGCUGCUGAAGUCGUCCAGCCUGGUGGGCAGCUACACCACCAGCCUGUGUCUGUGUAUCGUAGCUGUACUGAGGAGGUACCACUCUUGCCUCAUUCUCAACCCUGAGCAGACAGCACAAGUUUUUGAUGGGUACGUCACGUCCAAGCUACCUUCACAUUCAACAAUCGUCCUCUUAAAUCUCAGUCUGAUGCAAUUUCUUGGGUUAUUUUGGAGGUCCAAACCUGGCUCUUCUACCCAGGGUUUGUUUGCAGGUUUGGGAAGCUAUAAUUGAAGUAGUUAAAAGGAUGUUUCAGGUUGUUAAUGCAGGUGAAAAAAUUGAUUUUGUCAUGCUCAGCCCUAUUUUACCACCUAUAAUGAGAUUUUUUUACUGCCACGGCUUCCACAGGGAACUUCCUAUGCACCACACUAUUAGUGGUUGUUUGUGAUGCUUUUAAUUUAAAAAUUUCAGCUGAUUCUGCUCUUGCAGUGGUUGAAAGUCAUUUUGGAUUAAAGCAUUAGCUGAAUGCCUCAAGUGUUGGAGAUAAGUAAAGCUUAAAGAUAGCUUAUGUAAAGCCUCUAAUUAAAGAAAGGUAAUUAAUAUAAGAGCAGUGCUUCUACAGAAAAUACUGUUAAAGGAAUGGAUCAGCACUUUGGGAAAUAGACGCAUUCACCUUCUCCUCGAGAUGGGAAAGUUGAUACCAUUACCAUUAAGUCAAUAUACUUCAGCACUCGAGGUUAGCAAAGAGGUUGUCCCGGUAACAAAAGGUGCUCAGGUGCACCGUUAAAGCGCUCUCAUCUGAACACAGUUUUUCUUGUUUCUAAAAGCAGAUAAUUAGUUUUAUUGUGGAUUAUGUGCCAGACUUCUUUGUCAGGAUGUUCCUGCCCCUGGCAUCAUGGUUCAGCUUUUUGAAACAAAUAAACAUAUGAGAUAAAUGUCAGCGAGCUUUAAAGGUGAUUUAGCACAGAGAGAAGGUAUCUUUUCCAGCCUUGAGCUAAAUAAUAACAUUUAGAGACCGCUCCCCUUCACAUCAGAGAGCUAAAAACCAAACAACUGUAUCGAUAGGACUUUGUUCUGAGUGAACAUGUACAAUCAUAUCUCCAGGUUGCGGAUUGUGGUGAAAUCAGGUGUGAACCCGGCAGACUGUUCUUCAGCUGAGCGCUGUAUCUUAGCCUACCUGUAUGACCUCUACACAUCCUGCAGUCACCUCAAGAACAAGUUUGGAGAAAUUUUCAGGUGAGAUAAAUCUCUAAAAAAACUUGAGUUUCUGUCUUUUGUCAAGUUGAAUAGUUCCUAUCUCCACCCAUGUUUUUUUGCAUGUAAGUUAAAGUUGAUCCUUUGGUUGUCCACAUUAACACUCCUCUCCUUCUCUCCUUGUUUCUCCCUCAGUGAGUUCUGCUCCAAAGUGAAAAAUUCCAUCUACUGUAACAUCGACCCGUCUGACUCCAACAUGCUCUGGGACCCCGUCUUCAUGAUGGAGGCCAUAGCUAACCCUUUGGCCAGCAACUUCAACCACUCCAUGGUGGGCAGGAUCCUCAACGACAGCCCAGCGAACCGCUACAGCUUCGUUUGUAACGUGCUCAUGGAUGUGUGUGUCGAUCACAGAGACCCUGAGAGGUGUGUUAACUUUGACAGUUAUUAUGUUGUUAUAUUUGGAUGUCUCACGCUACGGUUUUCUGCUUUUGCUGUUCAGUUGUUUCAUUUUGUGAUGUGCUUUCAGGGUGAACGAUAUUGGAAUCCUGUGUGCCGAGCUGACGGCAUACUGCCGCUCCCUCAGCGCUGAGUGGCUCGGGAUCCUCAAAGCUCUCUGCUGUUCCUCGAACAACGGCAACUGCGGCUUCAAUGACUUGCUCUGUAAUGUAGAUGUAAGUUGUGUUUGCAUACCUCUGUCGCUUGAUAUACAGGGUAUUGAAAUUUGGAGAGGUUUUCUUUAACAUCCUAAGUGCUAACUUGCAGGAACCUGUGUUGCAUCUCCUCUUACUCUAGAUACAUUUAUGACACACAUACGCUUCCAGCAGUGAUUAUAAUGUUUAUCUUUGUACUCUUCUUCUUCAGGUUAGCGAUCUGUCCUUCCAUGAUUCCCUGGCAACCUUUGUAGCCAUCCUCAUUGCGAGACAGUGCCUGCUCCUAGAGGACUUGGUCCGGUGUGUGGCCAUUCCUUCCCUCCUGAAUGCAGGUGAGGAUAUUUUCACGCAUGAAAGGUUAUUAGAUCUUUGUGCAUUAUGUUGGUGGUUUCUCUAGAAAUUUGACUUGGUUACAUUUUAAUGUUAUAUAACAAAAUUAUAAAGACGGAUAUUGUUACAACAAAGAAAGAUUGUUUUCAGUAUUUGUUUAUAUUGCUUCCAUUGGUUGUGGUCAAAAUUUGGUGUCAGUCAUUUAAUUUACAACUACCUACUGCAAGUACUGAAUUUUUCGCACUGUAAGGCGCACCAUCAGUGAACGCGUCUAUUCACGUCUUUUUUCAUACAAAACAAAAACAGUCAGAUAAGUCAAACUUUAUUGAACUCAUUCAAUAACUCUGCGAGGCUACGGUAGCUGCAGUGCUCCGACAAGCCAAAACGAUUUUAAGUGUGCCUUAUAGUGCGAAAAAUACGGUAAUUUUUCACUUUUUUAAAAUAUAUUUAUUUUUUAAUCUGUUUAUUGGUGUUUUCAGUUUGAACAUUAACAAACCACAUGUUGAAUAAAUGUACAUAGUAAAUCCCCCCAGGCCCUCCCUCACCACCCAAUGUUCCCAGAUCCUCUAAAAGGAGUAUAAAGUGAAGAAGAAAAUAAAUAAAUAAAUAGUAAUAAUUUAAAGUGCAAAGUUAUCCUGAAUAUACAAUGUAAAGAAAGGAUAUUGCAAAAAUAAAAUAAAAUAAAAUAAACAGGGUCCAGAAAGAGAAAUACAAAUUAAAUUGAAAUAAAAGGUAAGAAAAUCAAAUAAGAAAGACCUUCAUAUAAAUAAAGCACAAUAUUCCAGAUCAAUACUAUUUACCAAAUGUGCAGAUAGAUUGAAGUACACUCAUCCUAUGUUAGAUGCAGCUAGGGCUGUAGCCAGGUUUUAACUUGUUUCUGUCUGUCAAACAGCUCUAUCAGAGUUUUCUCUGCCAGCCCCCUCUCGAGCAUCUUUAUGUGCCUUACUAUCACAGUCUUUAGGCUUUUCACCAGGAAAUGAACAGUAAUAGCCUGUCCUGCUGUUCAGUGCAUUGCUUGAAUCAGAACAGAGGGUAAACACUGCAUGUUUGAUGUGGAUCCAUAAGUCCUUGGUGCUCUUGGUUUUGUUCCUCUCUCUCUCUCUCUCCCUGCUGUUAAUCAUUUUUUGCUCCUAGCUUAGAGACAAAGCUUCAUUCAGCCAGGCUGUUUGGUCGGGUCUGGCUCACUUAAUAACACUGCGACUCUUGCCAAAUGCCAGCAGCCCUGGCUCGAUGUUGAGGCUUUGUUUUCUCUGCCCUUGUGUGUGGCAGCAGCUCUGGGAAAACUCUCAUCACCUGAUUGAUCAAGGGCACAGACCGGAGAGGGGUUCCUGGUGUUGGCAGCAUGUGCAGCACAAAAUUAGGAUGCAAAGUAAUUCAACUCUAAACAAACUCGCAUGUUUCUCAAAAUCUCUAGCUUGUAGUGAGCAAGACUCCGAGCCCGGGGCCAGACUCACCUGCAGGAUUCUGCUGCACCUUUUCAAGACGCCACAGCGCAACCCUGUCCCUCAAGAUGGUGUGAAGUCAGGUAGUAAACAACCAAAAACCCUCCUACGAUCAUUUCAACUCACUUUUGUUUAUCAAUUUGUAAAUCUGUGACUGUAUUUUGUCUCAUACUGGUUCUCGUAUUCUCUUUGCAGAUAAAUCUCCAGUUGGUAUCAGGUCAUCUUGUGAUCGCCAUCUUCUCGCUGCUUCUCAGAACAGUAUAGUUGUUGGAGCAGUUUUUGCUGUCCUCAAAGCCGUUUUUAUGCUAGGUAAGAGCUACGAUGAUUAAAGGCUAAAUGCGUUGUCUAUCUAUUAAAAGGGAUUUGUGGGGAUGACGUCACUGAUCAGUUCACUGAUGAUUUUUCUGCUCUGAUACUUCUCAGGCGACGCAGAGCUGAGAGGCUCAGGGCUGUCACACCCUGCUGGCCUCAAUGACAUAUCCGAGGGGCGGAAUGUCUCCAUAGAAACGGCCAGUUUGGACGUGUAUGCAAAGUAUGUUCUGAAGACGAUCUGCCAGCAGGUGAGGAGAUGAGAUGACAUGAAGGGGGAACGAUGUAAAAUCAGUGACACGCACACCUGUGGUUCAGUUAGUUCAUGAAAAAUGGAAAAGAUGAAAAUAAUGGUGCGAAAAUAAAAAUCUGAAAUUAUCUUUCUGUGCAAAAUUCAGGAUAUGGGAUUUCUUUUGUUUUAAAUAUAGCAGAUAUCACUAACGGUAACAGAGGCGGAGAUAGUGGUAUCCCAGGCAGAUGGACAUCUUCAAAACCCCAAAUGAUUGAUUUUAAAACCUACUACCUCUUUCCUCAAGCUUUAGGAUCACUGAAGUUCUCUCACUUCUUCCUUUCUUCAUUUCUUGCAGGAAUGGGUUGGAGAACGCUGCCUGAAGUCUCUGUCUGAGGACAGCAGCGCCCUUCAGGACCCAGUGCUGGUCAACAUUCAGGCUCAACGCCUACUGCAGCUUAUCUGCUACCCACACCGCCAGCUGGACAGUGAUGAUGGUGACAACCCACAGAGGCAGCGAAUCAAACGCAUCCUUCAGGUAGAGAAUACACAGAGACAUGCAUUGUAUUCAAAUAAACAGUCUUUUGAGAAUCGUCUGUUUUAAAGUCAAUGAGAUUUUAUGCAAAUUCUGAGAAACUUGAAAACGUUAUCAGAGCCAGAGUGUGGACCAUUUUGAUCCUGAAAUCCUCUUGAAAAUCAAAAUGAUUUCUAUAAAACCUGCUUUGAAGUCGCCUUUUCUCAAUCAGAACUGUGAGGUCAAACUGCCCUCUGCUGGCUAAAUCAGGGAUUGUAUUAUCAGCAUUAGAACUGUGCAACUCCUCAGCAAGGAAAAGAAAACAUACUCAUUACUCUGUUUUUUUUUCCAAUGUAGAACAUGGAUCAGUGGACGAUGAGACAGUCAUCCCUGGAGCUGCAGCUGAUGAUCAAACAGAGCUCAAAUAAUGUAAGUUUUCAGAGAGCUUUAACUAUUAAGCACAAAUUAAGAAUCUGCAGUCUUUGUCAUAUUAAUCAGAAAAAUUCUUAUUUACUUUCCAACAGGAGCUCUACUCGCUCUUGGAGAACAUAGCCAAGGCAACCAUCGAAGUGUUUCAGAAAUCAGCUGAGAUGAACUCCAAUAAUUCCUCAGGGAAUGGGGCAGCAGCUCAAGGCGGCUCAGCAUCUAACAACAGCACCACCAGCAAGAUAAAGCCAAUUUUAAGGUCUGUGGACUCCCUGUUUUGUGAUUGUUGUUUUGCUCUGAGUUGUGUAGAUAGCUAAUUUCUUAUGCUCUCUGUUUUCUGCAGCUCGUCAGAACGGUCAGGUGUGUGGCUGGUGGCACCACUAAUAGCCAAGCUUCCCACCACAGUCCAGGGCCAUGUUCUGAAAGCAGCAGGAGAGGAGCUGGAGAAAGGACAACACCUGGGCUCCUCCUCACGAAAAGAGAGGGACAGACAGAAGCAGAAAAGGUAAAAGACAAACAUACCUGUCUUUUGUCAUGUCUGAUUUACUGAUGACAUUAAAGAUACCAAAAUUAAGUCAUCUAGCAGUCUGAACACAGUUUCUAACUGUUCAGUUUUGUUCCCUUCUCUUCAGUAUGUCUCUGCUGAGCCAGCAGCCAUUCUUGUCCCUGGUGUUGACGUGCCUGAAGGGACAGGAUGAACAGAGGGAAGGUCUCCUCACCUCCCUCUACAGCCAAGUGCAGCAGAUUGUUACUAACUGGAGGGAAGACCAGUACCAGGACGACUGCAAAGCAAAGCAAAUGAUGCAUGAGGCCCUGAAACUACGACUGAAUCUCGUAAGAACUUCUUGAUCUCAACUUCUUAAUCUUGAUUUAAAGUCCCAGUGUAUGUUGACAUGAAGUUCAAGAUAUUCAAAGAGGACAAGCAAAAGAAAAUAAGCCUCACUUCACAAAUUCAUUAAGCUAAUCCUUAAACUCAAAAGCCUUUUAUUUAAUCUCUGCUGUCUUGGAUCCAACAUAUUUGACUUUUUUCUCCUCUUUAUAAGGUGGGUGGCAUGUUUGACACUGUGCAGCGCAGCACCCAGCAGACCACAGAGUGGGCAGUACUCCUCCUUGACAUCAUCAGCAGCGGCACAGUGGACAUGCAGUCCAAUAAGUGAGUAUUUUGACUCGUGAAAAAAAACCAUUCGCUCUUUAGUCGAGUAAUCUAAAAACAUGAACCCCUGUCUUCAGUUCAGUCAUCAGCCUCUAAAUCUAUAUGUUUGCCUCUCUUCAACAGUGAGCUCUUCACAACAGUACUGGACAUGUUGAGUGUGUUGAUAAACGGCACACUGGCUGCUGAUAUGUCUAGUAUCUCUCAGGGCAGCAUGGAGGAGAAUAAAAGAGCCUACAUGAACCUGGUGAAGAAACUCAGGGUAAGAAAAAAACACAUUAUUCAACCAAAACAAGUUCCUGAUGAUAGAUUUUUGCGUCAAGGUGGAAGCUCUUAAUGUGAUUGUUAAAUUGUUUUUGUAGUGUUUGAAGUCAAGGAACACAGUGUUUUUCUCUUUCUCUUUCUCUUCUGGUAAGUAAGAGAGGGGCAUUGAGGAUAGAAAUGGCAAAUAUAAAAGUCAGGAACAAAAAAGUCAAAAACGAAAAUGAAAAUUUCCUCUGCAGAAAAAUAGAAGUGUAACAAUGGCCCUGUCAUCCAGUGUACAAAAGGCUUCCACAAAGCUGUUUUGAUCAACUCUUCCUGCAAAUGUCAUGUUAAACUCAGUAACUGCAUGAAGUCUCUUCUAUAAAUGCCUUUUUCUAAAACAUACACGCUCUGUCAACCUGUGUCCACAGAAAGAGCUCGGAGACCGGCAGUCAGAGAGUUUGGAAAAGGUUCGCCAGCUGCUGCCGCUGCCCAAGCAAACCCGUGAUGUCAUAACAUGUGAACCCCAGGGUUCACUAAUCGACACGAAGGGUAACAAGAUCGCUGGAUUUGAAAAGGAGGUAUUAACUUUAAUCAAAUACUGAUUCAACACAAACUUAACCUGCAAAAUUAAAUUUGCUAAGUCAAACUAGUAAGUUACUCAACUGUAUUAUUUGAUAUUUUUCACAAUUAAUCCUCAAAAGCAGAUACAGGAAAUAGAAAAUACCACACCAUAAUUUGUUUCAAAGUAAAAUGAAAUGCAUGCCAACCCUGUGUCUCUUUUCCACCAGGGCCUUCAAGUAUCAACCAAACAGAAGAUUUCUCCCUGGGACGUCUUCGAAGGUCUCAAACACUCUGCCCCUCUCUCCUGGGGUUGGUUCGGUACAGUGCGCGUGGACCGAAAGGUUACCAAAUUCGAGGAGCAGCAGCGAUUUUUGCUUUACCACACCCACUUAAAGCCCAAACCUCGUAGCUAUUACCUGGAGCCGCUCCCGCUCCCCCCUGAAGAAGAGGAGCCCUUGACCCCGGUGUCCCAGGAAUCGGAGAAGAAGAUGAUGGAGCCAGUGAAGCCAGAGAAGAGUGUUCCUGCUGUGCCCUCUGACACCAACAAGAAGAAACCCAGUAAGAAGAAGAAGACAACAACAACGAAAAAUGAGGUUGGUUUUGGUCAAGGGUCUUGUUUUUCAGAUGUUCAUAUUGAGUUAUUUUUUGAAUAAAUUAAUUUCAACCCUUUUUUGCCUCUAGGACUAUGUGAACCGAACACAAGGUGGAGUGUCCUAUGGGUCUAAUAUGCCUGAGCUGAUGCAGAACCAUCCAUAUGGCCGCUUAUACAGCCAGCCAACCAUGGGCAUGUACACACAGAACCAGCCUCUACCCCCAGGUCAGUCUAAUGCACAGUCUCUCUUGCUUAAAGGGAUAUUCCGGCGUAAAAUUAAGUUAUGGUCAAACACACCAUAACACCAAGUAAGGCACCCCGUCAAGAGAUGAAUGUUGCCGACCGCUUGCUUCUCUAGUUAUACGAACUUUAGUAACAACGGCACGAUAGCAAUACAGAGAGACAUGUGCUCAACCACCUAACUUCAUCAACAGUACAUAUAGGGUCCCAGCCAUAGCACCAGCCACCAAACAUCUUUUUAGAUUUGCCCGAUUUCUUUAGUAAGGAGACUAAACACGACUCACUCACUCUAUUCCAGCUAGUCCAUCUAAUGCAGUGGGGGUGCGCAGCUCAAGGAAGAACAUUUAUGAUCAUUACUUUAUCAUUUCACUGAAGUAAUAAUCAUCAUAUGAAUCAAUUUGCACUGCAGACAAGGUAGUUCUUCUGCCUUAGCGUCUCGGUCUGAUUGCAUUUACAUGAAGAAAUUACCACAAAUGUUGUUCCUUGAGCUGUGCACCCCCACUGCAAGCAGUCAGCAACAUGCAUCUCUCGACGGGGGUGUCUAACUCUAUGUUACGGUGUGUUUGACCCUAACUUAAUUUUACACCGGAAUAUCCCUUUAAAACUCCUCACAAGCACCAACAACAAACGAACAUAUGAAAUUGUGUUUUUUUUCUUGUUAUAAAGGGGGUCCAGGUUUAGAACCUCCAUACAGACCUAACCGCAACCCACAGAUGAAUAAGAUGAUGCCCACUCGUCCCAGCUACCCAGGCAUGAUGCCUGGGAUGCAGGGCAACAUGCCUGGCAUGAUGGGACUGGAUAAGCAGUACCCGAUGGGUUACAAGCCCCAGCCUAGCAUGCCUCAGGGCCAGAUGUUACGACAGCAGCUCCAGGUCAGACUGGUGAGUCAGUCCUGAUUGACUUGGUCAAGUUCCUCCUUAUGAUCAGUCAGUUUCAUCGCAGCUUUAAAACAGCCUUUCCUGUCUAAAAUAAACAAUUCUUGUGGAAAACAUUUCUGUGCUUACAUUAGUACGACUCUUUCACCAUGAAAUCUGCUGUUUUGCUGAAUUGUUGUCUGUGUUUUCAGAAUCAGGGCAUGAUAGGACAGCAGAUCAGACAAAUAACACCCAACCAAUAUACUCCAAUUCAGGCAUCUCAGGUAAAUCUUUCUUUGUUGCUCUUGUUUGAUCAUUUUUGCUGAUUAUAAAUGAGUCAUCUCGCUCUUACAUUAUUUGCACUCUUGAACCUUUAUUUGCACAUAGAAUACUAAAAGUGGUAAAAGCUGUUUAAAAUCAUCAUGUUAGGACAUUUUCAGAUUUUUCUGUAAAUUCUUAUCUUACUAUGUCCACGUUAACCUACCUGGGCUUGGACAAUGUCAGUCAUUAAGUCCAUAAUGUCCUCCUUCUCUUUUUAAUUAUAAACAUUUCAGAACAUUUCUCCGGGCUAUACCACAUACGGAUCACACAUAGGGAUGCAGCCACAUCCCUCCCAAGCUGGUGGUAUAGUUCCUCCCUCCUAUGGGAACCAAAACUUCCAGGCCACCCAUCCUGGAGGUAACCCAGCUGUGGUGGAUCCUCUGAGACAAAUGCAGCAGAGGCCCAGUGGUUACGUUCACCAGCAGGCUCCAGGCUACGCACACAAUAUGCAGAACACACAGAGGUCAGUGAUGCUCUGCAGUCAUGCUUUUCUGCAGUAGUGUUAUGGGAGUACUGUCACUUCUCUACUGGGCUCACUGUCCUUAUAUUUCUUCUUUGCGCCCUGUGUAUCUCAGGUUUGCCCACCAGCCCCUUCAGCAGAAUCCCAUCAUGCACGGCCUAAGUCACAUGGGAGGCCAGGGUGUCCAUUCAGGCAUGAGGCCCAAUCAAAUGCUUGCAGAACAACAGCAGCAGCAACAGCAGCAACAGCAGGCAGCACAACAACAGCAACAGCAGCAGUACCUCAGACAACAAGCGCUCAGAGUAAGUCAAAAGACCAUCAUCGUUUAUACAGGACUUUAUGCCAACUCUAUCUAAUACAGAGUGUCAAUGGGAUUGUUUUGGGAUUGAGUGCUGUAGAGCGAAGAUCAGACACAGAGCUGACUUAAACAUUACUUUCCUAACUUCUAGAUAUCACAACAGCAGCAGCAGCAGGCCCAACAGGUUCAGCAACAGCAACAACAGCAACAGCAGCAGCAACAGCAGGUCCAACCCCAGCAGGUUCCUCCUCAACAGCAGGUUCCUCAGCAGCAGCAACAGCAGCAGCAAGUGUCAGCGGUGCCUCCACCCGGCCAGGCCCAGAACCAGGGCCUGGGCAUGCAGCCACUGCCACCUCAGCAACCUCUGGUAGGUCUUAUCAAGGUAGUUCAGCUGUUAGUAGGUUAAAAGUGUAAAGAGACAUACUUUCAGAGUUUUGAGGUGUAAUCUGUCACAGAUAUUUUCAUACAUUUUGUGUAUAAGAAGAAAAAACUGCAUGGGUUUUACUUGAUCAAGUUAGUGUUUCAACCAUUACUCAACUCAAACUCAGCCAAUGCCUGAUUCAAGAGGUGUCAUCUGAAAAACAGGACACGAGGAGAAAAACGAGUAAAUUAACAUCAGAAAAUAUCUUAGGAACUUAAGCAGGGCCUAUACUUGCUAAAAUGUUGGAAAUAAAGCUUUUAAACUCAAAAUGUCACAGAAGAGUACCUCAAAACCCUCGAUCAGUUUGAUAAAGUGGGCUGUCUUUCAUCGGAUUUAGCAAACAGACAGGGCUGAGGUUGUACAUACUGUUACACAUGUAGACAAAAUAUCUCUGCAGUUUCAAUUUGAUAUGUGCUUUGCAUACUUUCCUGCUUUUUUGACCUUUGACAAUCACAUCUCUGUUUUUGGCAAAUAACUCCUGGCUCUAUAUACAGCUUGUAAAAAGGUUCAUUUUGCUUGCCAACUCUUGCAGUUGGAAUGCUGCCUCCUUUCAAUGAGUCCCAAGGGGUUUGGGUCACAGUUGUUGACCUGCAAGUUUGUUUUGUUUAAAAAAAAAAAAAAAGAAUCUAAAUACGCUGAAUUCUUCAAAAUUAACUGAAUCAGAAUUCAUUUUCGUUUGGAGAUAACUUUAUCAUCAUUCAAACUUUUUGGUCACAAGUUUAUGGAGCUGUUGUCACCAGAAAACAAAAGAUCAUUUUGUCUAAUUUUGUACGCUUAUCACAAGCCAGCAGUGCCAUCCUAGUUCGCUUGAAUGGCAUCUCAGUAACAUGAGAAUGACUCAGAAGGCCGAUCUUUGUCUGUUCAAAUAAACCAGAAACUUAUUUUGAAGUCAAUUCUUCAUGCAAAGACAAACCCCAUUAUCUUGAGAUGAAUGAACCGGGAGCCUCAAGAAAAGAUGCUUUGUUGUCCCUGGUGAAAAAAAAUAAUGUUAUCUGUGCCCGACACUGUUAUAACUUGUUAUCUGUAAACUGCUGGCUCCCAUACAAAUGAUACGAAAUGAAAUUACUCUGUGUGUGUGUGUGUGUGUGUGUGUGUGUGUGUGUGUGUGUGUGUGUGUGUGUGUGUGUGUGUGUGUGUGUGUGUGUGUGUGUGUGUGUGUGUGUGUGUGUCUCUAGUUUCAACGACAGGGUAUGCAGCAAACUCAACAGCAGCAGCAAACUGCAGCUCUCGUCAGACAGCUCCAACAGCAACUCUCGAGUAAGUCAAAACACCCGUCCUUGACUAUUAACAUGCGUUCAUACAUUUGUCUUUUUACAUGUAAAAAUGAAGAGUUUGUGUCUAUAAUAAAACUGUUCUCUUUUCAGAUUCACAACCAGGACAAGGCACCAAUUCAUAUUACUGAUCGUGCUUGAUCAUAGUCAUGUGCAGACAAAAAGGCUCUAAUUAUGUGGAAAGUUCCAGCUCUGCAGAUGAGAUGCAUUUAGUAUAAAGUAUGCUGUCUAAGGCACAUAAGACCACUACGCAGGACAACCUUGUCUUAUGUCGUCCACCGUGGCUACGAUCAGAAAUAUCUUGACUUCAGUCGUAUAAUUAUGGAUUUUUCAGAUGAUGGAUCCUGCUCCGAAGUAAACAGAUAAUGGUUAAUAAUGGAAGAGUCUAUGUAAAAAAGUACCAGAAAUUAUAAGAAUAAUGCAAUUUUUUAUUUUAUUUCAAUUUGUACAAUUUUUUCAGUUUCGUGUAUUUCUCAUUAAAAAAUCAUGUCAGUUUUUAUGUGUUGUGCUUGUGUUAGCGGUCUGUAUGCUGUGUUUAUUGGCAAUCAAGUACUUCAUAAUAAGAAGGGAUGAAAGUAAUGGUACUAUAAAACAUGUGAGAUGUUUUGUAGAACCAUUGAGUGAUCAGUCUCACAAAGAAGUCGAGAGGUCGAUCAAAAAGCGACUUCCUUUAGAGAAAAAGACAUCAGCUGUGAGAAUUUUUAGCCCCGAUAAACUAGCUGAAAUAUCUAACAUCUAUUAUGAACAGCAUCAGCCCUUGCUUGUCUUGAAAAGGUCAGUUUUUACUGUAAAAAAGCAUGAAAUGUCAAGUCAACAGACUCAAACAACCUUUUUAAGGAGCAAGUUGUCAGGCUCGGUUAUUCACAGCAACCAACAGACAAGAUGUUAAUGAGUCAAGAGAAGUUUAAGUGGUAAAUCCAGAUUUUUAUUUGUUAUAUCAACUGCGUCUGUGGACAGGGAAUGAAAAACAUGUCUUAAUUUCUAUUUAUCUAGAUUUCGUUGCCUUUUUUGUCUUCUUUGGUUUUUGUUUAUCCACAUUCCGACUCUCCAAGCGAUUAAAAAGCACUCCCGAGUCAGA